GCUGAAAUUUUUAUCUACGUUUACAAUUUUCGUCACUCACAUUCAUCCUGGAGAAAGAUCACCUCCUCUCCUCUUCCCUUUCUGCUCCUCUUCAUCAUAUUUUCACUUUGAAUUUCCUGGAAAUAAUUUCAUUCUCCUCCUUGUGUUUUUCCUCUUCUUCUUCGUUUGUGCAGAUGGGUUUUGUCUCCUCCUCCUCCUCUUCUCUUUUCCUUCCUCUGCUUGUCGGUCCACCCCUCGGAGCCUCGGAGGCCUUCGCCCCUGAAGACUGGAGUGCCUGUGAAAAACCUGCCUCGCUUCUUGUCUGACAGUCAGAUCCUCUCAGAGGAAGUUUCUGACCAAGGUGAUGAAAAUCAGCCGAGAGACAAAAGCGAAGGAAGCAUCAGACAACUGAAGAUUGUUGUCAGUGAACCACAGGACGCAGGAACGCACCGUGACGGCUGAUUGGACAUUUACUGAUGGAGAUGAUCGAUUGAGAUGAUUAGGAUUCAGAGAUAAUUGGAUUUCUGAAGCAGUCGCCUCUGAGACGGGAAAAACAAGCCCAAACCUAUUUGUGUCCAGGUCACAGCGCUCUCUGGCGAUUGAGUGCGAGACUAUUUAAGCUCAGGGGUUUUAACACCUAUGCAGGCUUCACGUUACCCCGGUUUCAGCGAGCGAACACCUCCGGUACCGCCGGCGCUUAGAUUGGUCCCUCUGAGCAAGCAGGAAGUGGUCACAAACUUGAGUCACAGGAGACACUUGCUGUGUUAGAAACAUGAGGAUGGGACCUGGUCCUGAAGCGGAACCAGAACCAGACCCUGGUGACUGCUGCUCAGGUUCUGGAUCAGGGUCAGGAAUAGUUCCACCUUGACCUCCUGGACGAGAGUCUGAACUCGGUCGGGUCUUUCAGCCUCCGUCUGGCCUGAGCUGCUACCACAGAGACCAUCAGGGACCCGCUGACCUGGCUCAGGGUCUGAUAACAGACCCAGGACCACAAGGACUGGAUCUCUGAGCGGAUUUCCACCACAGCCACACGAAGUGAUGGGAUAAACAGGAACCAGUUCAGACUGAGAGAGAGAGAGCGAGAGCAUGGGGCGAUCAAGACCUCUCUCUCUGGCUCUGGUUGGUUGGCACCUCCUCCCCCUCCUCCCCCUCCUCCCUCUCUUCAUCUUGCUCUCGCACACCCGCGCACACACAUCGUCUCUCACCUCUCCUGUCCUUAUAAGGCCAGGCCCCACCCCCGCCGUGAUGUCGUCAGCAGCAAGGAGGAAGACCCGUGGGGUUUUUGGGUUUUGCCGUCCAGUCCUGUGGGGCCGCAGGGCUGAGAGUUUCUCCUCCGCUCCUCACCCCUCCAUCCCAGCCCACCUCCUCUCUCCUCCUCUCUUUGGGGAAAAGAAAAAAGACACUUUGCUUGAUUCGCCGUCCGGACCCGGCUGUUCUCCCCCUCGUUUUCUCGUCCUCUGAGGAUUUUAUUUCUCUUUUCCCGUUUCCUCCUCCUCCUCCGGCCUUUUUUUCUGUCACUGAUGAUCAAGAAUUAAAAAAAAAACCUUCUUAAAAACUUAAAAAAAUUUCUGCCCUGAAAAGUUGAAUUAAAUCUGCAAAUCAGACGAAAAGUUCAGCAGAAUUUUAAACUCCUUGUUUUUCUUCUUCCUCGCCGCCUCGUUUUAGACCUCGACGUGCGGGUGAAGAAAAUGUCGCCCGUCCAGAAGCCUCGCUCCGUCCUGUAGAUCACAUUUUUUCUGCUGGACUUUUUCUGCUUCUUCUUCUUCUUCUUGUUUUUGCGGCUGAGCUGCAGCAGCGACGCUCGCAGCAUCCGGGCCCCUGAGAUGUUUGGGAUCCAGGACAACCUGCCCCGCGGGGCCACGGCCAACAUGAAGGAGGAGCCGCUGGCCGUUCGCUCCUGGAUGCACUCGGCCGGUGUGGUGGACGCCAACACGGCUGCUCAGAGCGGGGUGGGGUUAGCUCGCGCUCACUUUGAGAAGCAGCCGCCGUCCAACCUGAGGAAGUCCAAUUUCUUCCACUUCGUGCUGGCUCUGUACGACCGCCAGGGUCAGCCCGUCGAGAUCGAACGCACCGCCUACGUCGACUUUGUGGAAAAGGAGAAGGAGCCGACGGGCGAGAAGACCAACAACGGGAUCCACUACAAGCUGCAGCUGCUCUACAGUAACGGGGUGAGGACGGAGCAGGACCUGUACGUCCGCCUCAUCGACUCCAUGACCAAACAGGCAAUCAUCUAUGAAGGCCAGGACAAAAACCCGGAGAUGUGCCGAGUUCUGCUGACGCACGAGAUCAUGUGCAGCCGCUGCUGCGAUAAGAAGAGCUGUGGAAACAGGAACGAGACGCCGUCAGACCCCGUCAUCAUCGACAGGUUUUUCCUCAAGUUUUUUCUGAAGUGUAACCAGAACUGCCUGAAAAAUGCAGGAAACCCACGAGACAUGAGGCGAUUUCAGGUGGUUGUGUCAACGACGGUGAAUGUGGAUGGUCACGUUCUCGCCGUCUCCGACAACAUGUUCGUGCACAACAACUCCAAACAUGGCCGCCGGGCGCGGAGACUGGACCCGUCUGAGGCAGCCACUCCCUGCAUUAAAGCCAUCAGUCCCAGCGAGGGGUGGACGACGGGCGGCGCCACCGUCAUCCUCAUUGGCGACAACUUCUUUGAUGGCCUUCAGGUCGUCUUUGGCACCAUGUUGGUGUGGAGCGAGCUGAUAACCCCUCACGCUAUCCGAGUCCAGACUCCGCCCCGGCACAUCCCCGGAGUCGUCGAGGUCACGCUGUCCUACAAGUCCAAACAGUUCUGUAAAGGAGCGCCGGGACGCUUCGUCUAUACAGCGCUGAAUGAGCCUACCAUCGAUUACGGCUUCCAGAGGUUACAGAAGGUCAUCCCCCGCCACCCCGGAGACCCGGAGAGACUGCCGAAG